UAAAUGUGCAGCAGAAUAUUGACUGGAGGCCACGCUUCCAAGUUCUUAAGACGAAAAGCAUGUCUGUUUAGAUCAAGAUGGGAGCUGUAGUUUACACAACAGGCUCAGUUAGGGGUCAUUUGGCCACUGGGGUGAGCUGCUUUCUUGCUUUAUUUAUUUAUGUUCGGGAUUCGUUGGUAGUAAGUUACUUCACGAUUCAGGAUAUACUGGUUCCAGACUUCUUUUAAUCACUGCUCACAUUGCGUCUCUAACCUGUUUAGCGAUUGAAAUGUUUAUUUAAAUGAAGUGAAACUACAUGCCAGUACGGUCAGAUGAUCAGCCGCUGGCUGUCUGAAGUAUCCCAGAACCAGUCUUACUCAAUGGAGGUUGUGUAAGACUAGGAAUUAUUCCUGCUAAAUUCAACUGAUUUGCUUUGACAGACAGUUGACAGGUCUGGUCGUGCUUAAAGAAAAGCUUGUAUAAGACAGACGGUACAUGGAGAGACAUUUGACAGUUCAACACAUGGCUCUGUGGUUAAGUAAAAAGCUGGUGAAACUCAUUAUAUUAGUAGUGGAAGAAGUAUUGAGUUAUUUUACUUAAGUAAAAUUAGCAAUACCUAAAACUAAUCCAUCCAUUUAAAUUAUACUAAUGUCACAUAUUAGAUUAUUAAGCUUGUAAAGUAAAGCCACUUAUAUUCCAUGUAAACUGUUGGAUGGCUUAAACUAUAACAUUAGAUACUGUAUUAGAUAGGUGUAAUAGUGUACAAAUAACAAUAUGUUGCGCAGUGGAAAUACAGCCACAAACAUGGAAGUAUUAUGCAAGGUGACAAAGAGGAAAGUCCCAAAAAUCACUGCAACAUUGACAAAACUUAGUGAAGCUGCAAAACAAGAACAGCAGGAUAUCUACGAGAGAGCAUCAAAAAUCAACAUUUCUGAUCACAUAAAAGAAUAAAACGUGUUUUUCAACAAACUGGCAUUUCGUGCAGGAAAUCAGUUUUUUCUGCAGUUUAGUGUUUUUAACAUGUAACAUCAUCAUUGUUUGGUCUGAGCAUCAACAAACACAGACUCAGGUCGGAGUUGUGGAGACAUUUCACUCUCGUCAUAACUACUAUAGCCGUGAGAGGACUUGUCACUUGUCACUUCAACGUAAACAUGUGUUGUUUGGGGGAAUUUGCUAAAAGCACUGAUGCUGUCGUUGGUUUCGGAGGGAGAACGUCCCAAAAGGCAGUAGUGUUCCUCGGAGAGGAGGCUCUUAAGAGUGUGCCAACUGUUUCAGUCCAACCACUAUAUUAGAGCGACUCCAUUAGAUUGUUUUGGAGGUGCUGCUCCUGUAUUUUCUACCUGGUCAUGUGUGUGGGAAAACCCCCUCUCCCUCAUAUUGGCUGCCUCAGUGCGACCUCAUCCACAGUCACAUGCCCUGCUGUUCAUCAGCCAUGUUCUCCUCUCAUUGGUUCCACAUUACAUACUUUAUGUUGUCUGUGGCACAUUGCCGCUCAGGCCCGUCUGCUUCGUUUCAGGCCAUGGGCAGGAUACAAGAAGGAGGCGUGGAACAGGUAUAAAGAGAGGCAACUAUGUGCCUCCAUGCUCAGACUUGACGCGGCAGCUUUCCCUCUACAGCAACAAAGGCCCGUCUGCUUCGUUUCAGGCCAUGGGCAGGAUACAAGAAGGAGGCGUGGAACAGGUAUAAAGAGAGGCAACUAUGUGCCUCCAUGCUCAGACUUGACGCGGCAGCUUUCCCUCUACAGCAACAAAGUCAUCCCGCCGCGGCCUUCAUGGCGUACUCCACCAGCACUCUGGCAGAGGGCUCCUUUGGGAAGGUGUACAAGCAGAAGUACAACGAUACCUGGGCCGCUAUAAAGAAGGUCCCCCAUCACUUCAUCAACAAGAAGGACCUGGAGAGAGAGUGUGCAGUCUACAACAAGGCAAAUCAUCCCAACAUUGUGAAGCUUCUGGGCAAUAUCAAUCUCAAAGAUGGAAAAUGGAUCAUUCCUCUAGAGUUUAUCUCGGGAGAGGACUUGGAGACCACCAUCUUCAAAGCGUCAAAGUCUAAAAUACAGGUGUCCCCUUCUGUUAAAGGCACUAUCAUCCUGGGCAUGUGUGAAGGGCUGCUUCACCUCCACUCCAAAGAUAUUGUCCAUCAAGACCUCAAGCCUGAAAACAUCAUGGUGGAGCACGAUACGAACAGAGCCGUCAUCAUCGACCUGGGACUGGCUAAGUUCUUCCGAUUUGGCCUCAACUCUGCCAUGGACAUGGGGAACGAGGCCUACUCAGCCCCCGAGGUGCUGCAGAGGUUCAGCCAGAGGGACCAGCGCUCAGACGUGUGGGCCCUGGGUAAGAUCAUCGCUGAGCUAUGUGCCCGGAUUCGACUUUACACACCAAGCGUCUGUCCCGCCAAGAUCAAGGCGAUCAUGCAGGAUCAGCCAUACUGCCAAGCUGUGUGUAGGAUGGUGGAAACCAACCCCACUCUAAGGGCCUCCGUGGGCGGGGUCAUUAGUGACAUACGAAAGGCCGCAGGUGCAGCCGCCGUCACCGACACCAAUACACCAGUUCAAAAAGACCACCUUAAGCUACCUUCUUCUCACAUUGUCAGAAACCCGUCUCCAAUACCAGUGGACAGAGGUGCGUCUCCAGCGAACAGGGACCCAUCUCCAAUGAACAGGGUCCCAUCUCCAAUGAACAGGGACCCAUCUCCAAUGAACAGGAUCCCAUCUCCAAUGAACAGGGACCCAUCACCAAUGAACAGGAUCCCAUCUCCAAUGAACAGGGACCCAUCACCAAUGAACAGGAUCCCAUCUCCAAUGAACAGGGACCCAUCACCAAUGAACAGGGACCCAUCACCAAUGAACAGGGUCCCAUCUCCAAUGAUCAGGGCCCCAUUACCACAAAACAAGUCUCCAUCACCGCUGAAUUGGGAACGCUCACCCAAACCGGAAUUUAAAGCUUUGCGGCCUCAAGCCGCAAUGCACCUCCAUCCUUCCCCUCAGAGGACAGAGGACAGGAACAAAAACCAGGCUCUGGUCCCGACAAGCGGAGCAGAGCUUACCCAAGACUUCCAGAAUAUGAAGUUGUUCCAAGAGGCUGCCAAGGACCUGCCCUGCAAUCUGCCCACAACAGGGAGGGUGGUGGUGCGGCGCUUUGAGGAGAAAAACGGGGAGGUUGAAACAUGGGAGCAGAAGGAGGUGGUGACUCGUGACGGGAAGAUAAUCAAGUUCGACGACAUCAAGUUUAAUAGCAAGUAAAACAUUGAAUUUGAGGAUUUCCUUAGAGCAUUUUAAUACAGCAUUAAGGUAAAUCUGCACAUCAGCUUGCUUCAGCCUAGACAACACAUUUAUAGAGCAUUUGAAUACAGCAUUAAGGUAAAUCUGCACACUAGCUUGCUUCAGCCUAAACAACACACACAGCAUUGAACCCUAGCGUUAAGGUCACGUAAGUUCGCCGCCGAGUUACGAGAGCCCAAGGCCGAACUCAGUGGGAAAAGACAAAAUAAGGGAGCACCCGGUCCCAGCGCACACACUGCCCUUAUCUAAACUGGGGCAAAGGAGAAAAAGUAGUAGUCAAGGGCAACCCCUCCUGCGAGACUGAAUUAUACCAGCUCCGAUCAUGCCCCCACCUUCACCCUCCGACGACAUGCUCACACACUGAUAAGAAGAAGCCGGGACGUGAAGCCAGUGUGGGUGGAAGGUACCUAGUGCUCCUACCGGACGACGUGGAAUAAACCUUGCCCCGUCUGCAUCAGUUUUGACUUUUAACCCAAUGGGACCUCACAAGAGGAAUCCUAUAUGAAGCUUCCGCGCACUCUGUUUAAGCGCCUUUUCCUUGGACACUCAACCCGGUUGGGUGUUCAAUGUAGGACCGUGCACGUUUAACUGUACGGGAGCAUUAACUCUGCUUGUUAUUAUUGAAUAAAUAUUGAGAACUAACUUUA